AUGCCGGGUUUCCCAUGUGGUCUGAAAGCAAUAGCUGACAUUACCCCAAAGACUACAGCCGGGGCACGAGGACACGAUGGAUCGACCUCAAAGGGUUCUCUCACCUCUUCACCGACUACGGCUUUUGCUUCUGGUACGUUGGGCUUUCCUGAACGGCUUGAUAUCUCAGCGGUCACGCUGGCUUUCUCUCUCUCUCCGCAGAUGACUGCUGGGACACAAAGGCACAGUGAAUCGGUUUCCAAUGGCUCUCUCACCUCUGCGCUGACUACAGCUUUGGGUAGGUAUGGCUCUCUUCACAGUUCGGUAUCUCGGCGUUCACGCUGUCUCUCUCUCUCUCCACAGAUGUCUGCUGACCACCGCUUCGAGGGUGGCGGACUUACGAUGGCUGGCUACGCGAUGCGUCAACUGGACAGUGGUUUCCUAGGUGGCGCCGGGGGCCAAAACCCUCUCGGCGAGCUCGUUGGUCUACAGAGGGGCGAGAACGUCACGCCGGCACACCGGGUCGAGCGCUGCCCUUUCCUCGAGACCCGUUGGUCGAUCGAAAACUGGACCGGGGCGCCCUUUCGUCGAGACCUCGGGGCGGCGGAUCUCCUUCGCCUCAAACUCUGUGAUGAUCAAAAGACACAGGUAAGGUAG